CGUUCACAGAUGUCGUAUUGAGCGGCUGAACGCGUGUCGGUGACGAGAUUCAUCACGCGCGUCCAGUGCCAUCCAUCUCUCGCGCAAAGAAGGCGUGUCGCUUCCCGGUCAGUAGCAUCAUCCAGCGGGUCUUUGUCCCGCUGCUGUGUGUGUGUGUGUGUGUGUGUGUGUGUGUGUGUGUGUGUCAGUACCGGGCAGAGCUGCUCGAGUCAUGGCGGCUGCGCCCGCGAAUCCUCGCACCGGGAGCCCGAGAGCGCAGCUGCCGCCCUGUUAUUACGAGGGAUACCUGGAGAAAAGAGGAGCGAAAGAGAAGGUAGCUCGGCGUUUAUGGACCUGUUUAUGUGGAAACACGCUGUACUUCUUCAACAACCCUAAGGACACAAAUUAUGUAGAGAAGUUGGAUCUGAGUGGGUUUGUGUCUUUGAUCGAUGACCCAAGUCGUGAUAGGAAUCUGGAGGCAGCCAGACUGAACCUCCGCAUGAAGGAUGGAGAAAUCAAACUCACUGCACCAAAUCUGGAGGCCCGUGAGCUGUGGAAAGGAUUUCUCUACUCUGUCGUAGAUCUGGCUGUGCCCACGACUCUCACCCUCCUGCCCGGGCAGCUGCACAUGCUGAAGGAAGUUGUGGAGAAAGAAAAAAUGCGUCGAAAGGCACGAGCGUCUUCCCGAGCCCCCUCGUCGCCUCUCUCGCUCCCGCUGGUGGGGGAAAUACCUGCGUGUUUCAGGCCUGUGUCUCGUACUGAAGCCGAGGUCCUGUUAGAAAGACAUCCGGACAGCGGGAACAUGCUGCUCAGACCAGGCCGGGACGGAUCUUCACUCGCCGUCACAACACGACAGGACCUAAAUGGAUCAGUGUUCAGGCAUUACAGAGUGACACAGAAGCAGCAGGGUGGUUACAUCAUCGACGUGGAAAACCCAAUCCCCUGUCCCACACUGCAUGACGUUAUCAAUGCACUGGUGGAGAAAACCGCCGGGACUCUUCAGCCCUUUAUAUUAGAAGAGCCUUAUGAGGAGAACAUCACGUUUGUGUCAUCCAAUGAUGAGAAUGGGGAGCGAACCCUGCACUGUGCCACUGGACUUCUUUCUCGAGCUCCUUCACUGCCACCUAAACAAGUAGGUACAGACAGAUGGACGUUUCGGUCACAGACGAGAUCUCCCAGUUCCUCACCAAGAUCCUUUUCUCCGUCUGGCUCUCCAUCCAACUCCAUGAGAAGGCUGGUUCUGUCUCCCUCACCGCUUUCUCAGAGCCUCACAGACGAGCUCAAACAGAAGCUGGAGAAGAGACGGACCAGUCAAGAGUGAUUUCCUUGUUUCUGCCCAACCUUCGUCGUCUCAUUCUUCCAGUGCCUUCCAAUAAAGACUGACGUCCUGUUAAAUGGACAAGGACUCUCUGUAAUCGACAUUCUUCCCUCAGUGUGACUUAAACAAUGCCACUUUAUUUGGCUUUAUUAAUAACACGAGAGCCGAGGUCCACCAGCUUAUCCUGCCUCAAAUUAAUGCCGCCACAGAAUGAUGCUAUUUCUUUUGAGGUUGAAAUUUAAAUGGAAAAAAUCUGAGCCAAGAUUUUCUAUACCUCUUUCACUCUCUGUUCCAUUAAUUAGACCUUAACCCUCAGGUUUCCGCUAUCAAACCGUGAGUCGACAGGACAUUUUCUACACAAGAAAGAAGCACAUCAAACUUGACCUUUAUUACUGGUUUUGAUCAAACAUUAACUGUGAACUGGAGAGAUGUGAUCAGAAUGCUCAGAUAAAUGUGAAUCUGGUAUGAUUCGAAGUAGGGUCCAAAAUUAACACUCGCCAAGCACCAAAUGUGUAUACGAAUUGGGUUAAUAAACGGCUAAUACAUUUUGUAGAUGCUUUCCAAAGUAACAUUGUAUUUUAAUCAGUUUUUUAAUUCAUCGAACCCAUGACUUUGGCAUUGCUAGUGCAAUACUCUGCUGUUAAAUGCCGACUUUAUUGGGAACGUGAAAUUGACACAUGAUCUAAAUUUAAUUGUAAGCCCGUUCCUUACUGCUGAAAGUGGUUAUGCUGUAAAGAAACCAUAUAAUAUCAGCAUAACGGUCAAAAUCCUUAUAAAACAGCGAUUACAGGCUGUAAGACUUGCUAAAAUGAGCCAUCCAAAGUUUCAGCUGUUUUUUUUUUUUUUUUUCCUGUAAUGGCUGGAUCAAAUAGUUUUCCCCUCAGCAAACAUAAAGCAGUUUAUGGUCAUUGGGAAUUAUUUGUGGCCAUAAACUGAGAGGUGAGGCAAAAGUUAAUUUUUGACCCUGCUUCCUGUCUCAGUAGAUCUGUUAUGUUUUAAAAUUUGUAUGAUGCUUUUGGACACACUUGCAAGACGUUUAUCAAGCAGGUUUUUGCUCUAGCAAAAUGGUUUUUGAAUAUAUAUAGGACGAUUCGGUCUUCAUGAGGUGAGUUUUUCUCAGAUUUGUGAGCGUAGGUUGAUAGGUUGUGAGACUGUUGCGUUUGUGUUCCUGAUCGACCAACUGUCAUCGGUUUUUUUAACAUGCAUGGUGCUACUGUGACUCUGUAGAUAUGUUUUCAUGUGAUGUUAAAAUAAUUUCUUUAUUUAUAACUGUGAUAUUUAUGGGUAUUAAAGGGAAGGUUUUUUAGAAUUAA